UCUCCCUGCAGUGAUCCCGAAGGUCACCAAGCACCUGCUCUCGAACCCUGUGUUCACCUGCAUCAUCCUGGCCGCCUGCAUGGAGAUUGCAGUGGUGGCUGGCUUCGCUGCCUUCUUGGGGAAGUACCUGGAGCAGCAGUUUAACCUUACCACCUCUUCUGCCAACCAGCUGCUCGGGAUGACUGCAAUCCCAUGUGCCUGCCUGGGGAUCUUCUUGGGCGGUCUCCUGGUGAAAAAGCUCAGUCUUUCUGCCCUCGGGGCCAUUCGGAUGGCCAUGCUCGUCAACCUGGUGUCCACAGCUUGCUAUGUCUCCUUCCUCUUCCUCGGCUGUGACACAGGCCCCGUGGCUGGGGUUACUGUUCCCUAUGGAAACACCUCAGCGCCGGGCUCGGCCCUGGACCCCUACUCGCCCUGCAAUAAAAACUGUGAAUGCCAAACCGAUUCCUUCACUCCAGUGUGUGGGGCAGAUGGCAUUACGUACCUGUCUGCCUGCUUUGCUGGCUGCAGCAGCACGAAUCUCACCGGCUGUGCGUGCCUCACGACUGUCCCACCCGAGAACACGACUGUGGUUCCCGGAAAGUGCCCCAGUCCUGGGUGCCAAGAGGCCUUCCUCACCUUCCUGUGUGUGAUGUGUGUCUGCAGCAUGAUCGGGGCAAUGGCGCAGACACCCUCGGUCAUCAUCCUUAUCAGGACAGUCAGCCCUGAACUCAAGUCUUACGCCCUGGGAGUCCUGUUCCUCCUCCUUCGUUUGUUGGGUAUGUAUGCUCUCUUUAUUCCCUCAAUAAUGAAUUGGAUGCUUAUGACCAGUGGCAAGGGUCAGUGUGGCUCAGGGAGCUUCCCCAGCAGCCCUGGGGUAGAAGUAGAAACGUGGUUGGUAGUGUCAGUGGCAGGUAAACUUAAAGGCUUUUGUAAGAAAACUAAGUUCACAUACCUUUUUGGGACAAAAUGGAAGCUGAAAAUUACUCUUGCCAUUUACAUUUCCAAACCUACCCAAAUCACCGUUAUCACCUGCAAGAAAUGUCCGGGCUCCUACCCUGAGGUCUUGAAUCUAAAGAAGUUCUACAGGCAGGUGGAAGAAAUGAACACAUUAAAUGAGCACUUUGGAAGAAGCACAGAGUACCAAGACAUUGAGACUGAGAAAACCUGCCCCGAGUCACAUUCACCUUCAGAAGACUCCUUUAAUGAUCUUAAAAGAUUCUUUGGGGGAAUGUUUCUGGCUGUAGAUGUUCCAUAUUUGUGGGCUUUGACUCAUUCGAAAGAGCAUGGGCUUUGGAGCCAAAAUAGUUCCUGGCUUCAAAUCCUCACCCCAGCCCUUGAUACUGAUGUGGCAUUGAGCAAGCUUUGCUACUUCACGAACUACUGCUACAGAACUAUUUCUGUAACUCUGCAGAGAAAUGUCUAUAGUUAA